UUAGAGACGACCGAAACUCUUCGGAGGUAUUUUCACCUGCAGGUAGAUCUAAGAACAUCACGAUGAACAAACUUCUGUGGAGCUGUGCUGCGCUGUUGACUCUGUUUGUUACAGUUGAGUCCCUCUCCUGUUACACCUGUGAUGUGGCGAUCCUCGGCUCCUGCCUCCGUGCAGCACCUAUAAAUUGCACUAACGAUCAGACCAGAUGUUUCACUGCAGUUGCUAAGUUUAGCGCCGACCUUUUGGAUAUCCAUCAACGAGGCUGUACAAAAGAAGCUGCAUGCAGAAAUGAGACUGGGGCCAUCCUGAAUGUUAACUACACCAUCACCAGGACCUGCUGCAGCACCAACCUGUGCAACGGAGCUGCCUCCGUCCAGCUACCUAUGACCGCGGCUCUGUGUGCUGCUCUGGUGGCAGUUUUGAGCCAAUGGGCCCUUUAAAGAAGAGGAGAUGGGACAACAAAUGGUUCCUUUAAGUUUCCAUUUCGAAAACACAUAACUUUUUUUUCUGAGGUCACAGUCUUUCUACAUUUCCUGUUUGAACAAUUUGUGGCUCUAUAUACUACACCAGGACUGAAUGCCUCUGUUUAA